AUGAAGGAUGCGAUAGCUGCCUACCCGAAUAACAGCGCGCUUUGCGUCCGUUACUUAGUAACCGUGCCAUGUGCAGAUAUCCUUCCAGGUACAACGGAGUUGAACGUAACACGUACAAGGCAGUACCUCACCACACCUUUUUACGACCAUGCUAAUUAUCCUCCAAAAAUGGAUUGCUAUUACGUACUGGUGGCGGAACCAGGCAACAGGAUAUUGAUAGAAAUAUUGGAUGUGGACAUGGAGGCGCAGAUAUUCCGUUCCUGCCUCGAUUACAUCGGCUUUUAUGAGGGUAAACAUGAGCGAUAUUCACGACCAUAUUUAAUGUUUUGUGGACAGGUCAAAGAUCGGCAGGUACGUAAAUCUAUGGAAGCAUUUGGAGAAUGCGAUGCAGGAUGGCUGAGCAAGGAAGACGGAAACUGUUACCGAUAUGUAGAGGCAGAGCCAAAAGUUGGAUGGGCGGAGGCUCAGGAGCGAUGCAGUCAAAUGCAAUCUAAUCUGGCAUCCGUAAAAGACGAACGAGAUUUCGAAUUUCUUGACAAAGCAUUCGGUCACUCGUCAGCUCAUGCAUGGAUUGGAUACACGGAUGCGGAUGAGGAAGGAAAUUUAAAAGGUGUCGACAGCAAAUCAAGUACUAUCUGGCCGAAACCUGUUUUGAUGGGAAAUGCCGACGUACGUGAUUGUCUCUACCUCGAUUAUUCACAUUCUGGUGAUGAGUUUUACCAAAUGGCAGAUUGCCGAACUAAGCAAACAUUUAUCUGUCAGAAGCAUAACAAACAAAACAAAAUGGCAUUUUUUCAAGCAAUAUCCGAUCGAGGAUCAAGUCAUCGAAAAGCAGUACAAAUGUCACCGGUACAAGAUGCUAUUCAUGCGAAUCCAGUAGAGAUGACGUUGGUUCCCGCAAAAGAACUUCCUAAACUCGUUGACGACGCAGAAACGAAAGUUAUGGACGCUGUACAUGCACCAGCUAAAGAACAACAUUCUACAACUGUGGUUAAUGUCUUACCUGCUCGUCCACCACGAAGUCUGCCACCAUUGUCUAUACCAGAAACCACUAUGCAAAGCAUGAACACAAGGGAGGAGAGCUUUUUGCGGAGCAAGCGAAGUUCGGUGCUGUUUGACCGUCCAAAAAUGAAUGUGCUUGAAAACGUCUCCGCUAUUUCUUUAGACGAGUUCUGGAGCAACAAGAAUUAG